AUGGUUUCCUUAUUCACAGUUUCUGCUUAAUUUUUCAUUCCGAAUCUCGAUAGUCAAGACAACACGACCUUAAUCAUCCAGAUACUGUUAUGUGCAAUCUUUUACAUUCUCAGGAGUACUAAAAUUAAUAAGAUUCUCGCUUAAAUCUAAGAAUUCUUCAAUCUGAAUGGUUCAUUGAAUGACAUGGUUGGAUUGAUGAAACUAUUGAUGGUAAUAAUAUUUAUAGCACAUAUAUGUGGUUGUACUUGGCAUGGUUUGGCAUAUUAUUCCACCAGCUAUUCUUGGCUCGAUGCCUAUAAUUUAAGAGAAAGAUCUAAUGGAACUAAAUACAAUUACUCAAUUUAUUGGGCAACUAUGACUAUGACCACAGUCGGAUAUGGUGACAUUACUGCCUAAAAUAAUAGUGAACUAUUGAUAAACAAUAUUACUAUGUUUGUUGCUAGUAUUGUAUUUGCAUAUUCAGUCAACAGUAUUGGAAUAUUUGUAUCAAAUAUGUACAAAGGUACUAUGGAAUACAGUAGAUCAGUUACUUUGAUAAAUACUUUUAUGUCUAAGAAUAAAAUUCAAUUUGAUCUAUAGACUAGGAUUAGAAGUUAUCUGGAGUAUAUAUGGUAAGAAGAGUAAGAAAUGAAUGAUGAUGAAAUAGGAUCAAUAAUGAAGAAAUUAAGUAGACAUUUAUAAGAUGAAUUACAAUAUUAAUUAAGAGGGAACAUUCUCAAAAAUAGUAGAGUCAUCGUGAAAUUAUUCUCUGAACAAUGUGUAAAAAGUUUAUUAUAAUAAAUGGAGGAAAUCUCAUUCUCUCCUGAAGAACGAAUUAUAACUUGCAAUUAGAUUGAUGAUUGUUCUCUUUACAUCAUUACCAAAGGAGAAGUGGAAUUACUGUUUUCUGGUAAAAAUCAAUUGGGAGAUCUGAUCAAAAAGAAUUCCAUUAAAUCUCUAUCUUAACAGGAGUGCUUUGGUGAAGUAGCAUUCUUUACAGGGAACCCAAGAACUGCUACUGCCAUCUCCAAGGGAUUCACUAAGGCAUUCAAAAUCAAAAGAGAAAACUUCAUAGCCAUUUUACAGUCUUUUCCGAAUGAUUAUGAGAAAUUUUGUGAUGUAAGAGAUCGAUUAAUUUAUAAUGAAUACUCUACGUUAUAGCUAAAUUGUUAUAGUUGUAAUAGCAAUAAACAUCUAAUCAACACCUGCCAUAUCCUACAUUAUUGUGCUGAUCAAGAGAAAAUACUUAAGAAAGAACUCUACCCUGUUGAAUAAUUAAGGAACACCAAGUUUUACAGAUAAAAAAACAAUAAGGAACCCUAAUCUCAAUCCAUGCAGAAAUACCAUUCAGCAAGAGCUCAUGAUUUGAUGCAGGAUCUCAAUUAAGAAGAAAAAGGAGGAAUGGAUGUUGAUGAAGCUGAUUCACACACUCUGCCUAUCAAUGAUGCUUAUGAAGAUGAAGAAGAUCAAUAUUCAUCAAUUAAUUAAUAGAGAAGUUAAUCGAGAACAUUAAGUUAGAGAUAAACAUAAUAAUAAGAAAUAGAUGAUGAUGAGAAAAAUAUUAAGAGUCACUCUAGAAGACAAAUUUCGUAAAGAUAAACUGUUGCAACUGCUGGAUUUGGAAAAGUAUUGAUCUACCCUUAAAUAGUUACUUGGAAUGUUGAGGAAUUAAGUAAUUCUAAAGAUUCAUCUGAAGAACAGGAUUAAGUAGUCCUCCCAAAGUAACAUGUAAUACAGUAGAAAUCAAACGAAAACCUCUAAAAACCAUCACUCAAAAGAUAACUUUCAAGAACGGGAUCAAAUGAUGAACAUUCAAAACCAGUUGCCAAAUAAUCAUCAUAACAAAAACAUCAGUCCGAUCUCGAAAUCAAGUUUUCAUCUUAGAGAGAACAAGCAAGAAAAAUCACUAAUAGAACUAGAACUCACAAUGAAGAAUAACCUACAAUAAUUGGUGAAAAUGCAACUAUGAAUAAUAUUUAUUUUCCUGCUCCCACAUUGUCUUUGUUGGUUUCAAAUUUUGAUAAAAUGUCCAUAUUUCAAUAUUAUUAGCCUCUGAAUAAUUAUGAUGCUGUUCUUAAAAGAUAUGCUAGAGCGUAGAAGCACUUUGGAAAAAAAAGAAUGUAUCCUGAAACAUCUCUAUACUCAUUCUUUUUUAUUGCCAUCAAAAAAGGUUGGAAAUUAAGGAAACUUGGCAAUGUAGUUCCAAAAAACAUUUCUAGUUUUCUUGCCAAUACUAAGGUUUUAAAAAGAGCAGUCAAAAAAUUCAAGAAUGAAAAAAAUAACAUUUUAGUUUAAAUUAAAUGA